GCAGCCCCAAACCGGGCGUGGAGCCGCGGCGGCCCCGGGAACGGGGGGCGGCCCGGGCGCGGCGGCGGGCGCGGGGCGCGGAGGAAGGGGCCGCCGCGGGGGGCAGCCCCGGGGCGCAGCCCCCUCGGCGGGCGCGGGGCGCGGUGCGGGGGGUGCAGGAGCACGGUCCCAAAGUCAGGCAGGAGCAGGGCCUGAGCCGGCGGGCGCAGCAGGAGCGGGGUGGGGGGCGGCGAGAGGUGAGCCCCCCGGCCCGCGCCCGCUGGUGGGUGCGGCGGGGCCGGCAGGAGGAGGGGGAGGCCCGGGGCGGGGUGCAGGAGGAGGGCGAGCUCUACCCGGGGGAGCAGGAGCACCGCGGCAGCACCCCUGGCACACGGACCCCGGCACAGCGCCAGAGCCGCAGGAGGGCCGCCCGAGUGUGAGGCAGGAUCCGGGACCCGGUGCCCACCGCCCCGCCGGGGAUCCCACCCCGCCCCGGCCGGCGUGCGGGCGCAUCCUGCUUGGCAUGCCGGCUGUCCCGAGCUCCGCCGUGCCCGUCCUCUCCCUGCGGUGACGCUGCCAGGCCCGGCGCAGGAUGCGGUGGCAGUGGCGGUGAGCACAGAGGGGGACCCUGCAGCGGCAUCACCGCAGCCCCGCCAGCCCCAUGGCUGAGCCCUGAGGCCGUGCCCCCUCCCACACCGCCUGGCUCGCUGCCACCCGGGUGCUGGCACAGCUGAGGGACCCCCGCAGCACUGCCACCGCAGCCCAGUCGCUGCUGCAGGCAGGGGGUCAGAGUGGGGGAUACUCUGUGCCAGUGGGCAGGAUCAGGCCAUGGGGCCAGCAUCUGGGAACCCAGAAACAGCAGCAGGGGGAAACCGGGCACCCCGGCCUCCCCGGCCACCUCCACCGCAGGGGUCACCAGCCCUCCGUGCCGGCCCACCAACACCUCCUGCUUGCCCAAGCCAGCUGAGCAAGCACCAUGAGGUACCAGCAGCGAAGGAGGCAAAACGCCCACCGAGGCUGAGCUGUAGCAUGCAGGCGGAGGAGGGCACGGACUGGCUGCUGGAGCUGCUCACCGAGCUGCAGCUGCAGCAGUACUUCUUGCGCAUCCGGGACGAGCUCAACGUUACCCGCCUCUCCCACUUCGAGUACGUCAAAAAUGAGGACCUGGAGAAGAUCGGCAUGGGACGCCCUGGCCAGCGGCGGCUGUGGGAGGCGGUGAAGCGGAGGAAAGCCAUGUGCAAGCGGAAAUCCUGGAUGAGCAAGGUGUUCAGCGGGAAGCGUCCUGAGUCGGAGCUGCCACCCCAGCCCCAGAGCACCUUCCGCAAGCCCCCCACGCCACCACCCCCUGAAGCAGGGGGACAACACUCCCUCACCUGCCUCGUGCGGGAACGGGACCUCUCACUCUUUGAGAAGCUGGGUGAUGGCUCCUUCGGUGUCGUGCGUCGCGGCGAGUGGUGCACACCUGCUGGCAAGACGCUAAACGUGGCAGUGAAGUGCCUCAAGACGGACGUGCUGAGCCAGCCAGAGGCACUGGAUGACUUCAUCCGGGAGGUGAACGCCAUGCACUCCCUGGACCACAGGAACCUCAUCCGCCUCUACGGUGUGGUGCUCUCUCACCCCAUGAAGAUGGUGACAGAGCUGGCUCCUCUGGGCUCCCUCCUGGACCGCCUGCGGAAGAAUCAGGGCCAUUUCCUCAUCUCCACCCUCUGCCAGUAUGCCAUCCAGGUGGCCAAGGGCAUGGCCUACCUGGAGUCCAAGCGCUUCAUCCACCGCGACCUGGCUGCCCGCAACAUCCUGCUGGCCUCCAAUGAGCUGGUCAAGAUUGGGGACUUUGGGCUGAUGCGGGCCCUGCCCAAGAACGAUGACCACUAUGUGAUGCAGGAGCAUCGCAAAGUCCCCUUUGCCUGGUGUGCUCCUGAAAGCCUGAAGACGCGCACCUUCUCCCAUGCCAGUGACACUUGGAUGUUUGGAGUGACCCUCUGGGAGAUGUUCACCUAUGGGCAGGAGCCCUGGAUCGGCCUCAACGGCAGCCAGAUCCUUCACAAGAUAGACAAGGAGGGUGAGCGGCUGCCACGGCCCGAGGACUGUCCCCAGGAUGUCUACAAUGUCAUGCUGCAGUGCUGGGCACACAAGCCUGAGGACCGACCCACCUUUGUGGCCCUGAGGGACUUCUUGGUGGAGGCCCAGCCCACUGACAUGAGGGCACUGCAGGACUUUGAGGAGCCCGACAAGCUGCACAUCCAGAUGAACGACAUCAUCACAGUCAUCGAGGGCAGGGCCGAGAAUUACUGGUGGCGGGGUCAGAAUAAGCGGACCCUAAAAGUGGGCCAGUUCCCCCGAAACACGGUGACCUCGGUGGCAGGGCUGUCAGCCCACGACAUCAGCCAGCCUCUUAAAAACAGCUUCAUCCACACAGGCCAUGGAGACACCAACCCGCAGUACUGCUGGGGGUUUCCCGAUAAAAUUGAUGAGCUGUACCUGGGAAAUCCCAUGGACCCUCCUGACAUUUUAGGUGUGGACCCAAGUGCUGCCAGACCCACCCAGCUUCCAGGCAGGGCUAAAAGGCAGCCGCCUCCGCGCCCGCCUCAGCCUACCGUCCUGCUCACCAAGCCCUGCUACGACCCAGUCAGUGAGGAGGAGGAGGGUCUGCCAAGGGGUCUCCAGAAGCUCUGCCUGAAGAAGCCAGGUACAGGGAAGGGUCUGCGACCGGUCAAGCCUUCAGCACGUGUGCCGGGCACCAAGGUGGGUGAGCGGCAACCCGGCCGGCCACCAAGCGAGGGACCAGCUGGAGGUGAGGUGACCCUCAUUGAUUUUGGGGAAGAGGUGCCUCAAGGUAGCCCAUCGCCGGUGGGGGAGCUGACAGCCCCGUCGCUGGCCAAGCUGGCCAUGGAGGCCUUCUCAUUGCUGGACAAGACCCCACCACAGAGCCCCACGCGGGCUCUACCCCGCCCCCUCCACCCCACACCGGUGGUGGACUGGGACUCCCGACCCUUGCCCCCACCACCCGCCUACGACGACGUGGCACAGGAUGAGGAUGACUUCGAGGUCUGCUCCAUCACCAGCCCCCCAAGCCGGCGGGGCAAGACCAACUAUGGCUUCGUGGACGAGGGUGAGCGGGGACCGGUGUUGGAGGACAAUCUCUUCCUGCCCCCAAAGGAGACCAAGCAGCCCAGCCUGACGCAGACCACCGAGCUCUUUGAGGAGCUGCAGCAGGAGUGCAUGAAGAGGCUCAAUGUCCCCAUGGGACCAGCCACCCCUGCUGACGACAAGCCCCAAAUCCCGCCCCGUGUCCCCAUUCCGCCCCGGCCCCUUCGCCGCAAUGAGCCUGGGCGCUGGUCAGGGGAGCUUUCCCCAGCUUCAGGGGGUGAGGAAGACCGGCCACCCCAGAUUCCCCCCCGGGACCCACUGUCGCAGCCCACCUCCCGGACACCCAGCCCCAUGGCCCUGCAGGUGGGCUCCCCCCAGCAACGUGCUGCCCUCUGCUCCUGCCUCUCCACCUCACCGGGGAAGCCCAUGCCUACCACACAGAGCUUUGCCCUCGACCCCAAGUAUGCCACCCCCAAGGUCAUCCAGGCACAGGGCAAGGACUGCUCCAAGGGACCCUGCAUCCUGCCCAUUGUGAAGGAUGGGCAGAAGGUCAGCAGCACUCACUACUACCUGCUGCCUGAGCGACCUGCCUACCUGGACAAGUAUGAGAAGUUUUUCAAGGAGGCCAAAAGUCCUGAGGAGGUACCAGCAUCCCGCCUGGUCACCACAGCCACUGUCCGUCCUAUGGUGCAGCAGCUACCACCAGACUGCAAGGCCAACUUCUCCUCCAACAACAGCAACCCUGGGCCCAAGUGCUUGGUGAAAGCCUCAUGCAGUCUCCAGAAGAUUGUCUAUGAUGGGCCGGAUGGCUGCCGCCUUGCCGACAAGAUCCGGCUGGUGCAGGACACAGUGCAUGGUGUGACCACUGAGGAGUGCCAGGCAGCCCUGCAGAACCAUGGCUGGAGUAUCCAACGGGCUAUCCAGUACCUGAAGGUGGAGCAGCUCUUCUGCUUGGGGCUGAAGUCCCGUGUUGAGUGCCACCGGGUGCUGGAGAUGUUCGACUGGAAUCUAGCCCAGGCCAGCUCCCACCUCCUCGAUCCCUACAGCACUACCCGCCAGAAGCGGUGACAACAGGGAUGGGGCAAGCUGGGCUGGAUUUGGAGCAGGCAUCUGGUUGCGGGGCCACCUCCCUGAUGUCUAUCCCCGCCCACACAACCUGC